AUGCCGACCAUCGACUCUAUGUUGAAUCCUGUCAUCCCCGACACCGCCGAGGACCACACAGUCGACAGCGCUCCCGCCUACAUCGCUCCAGUCGAGGCAGCCAAUACCACGUACGUCACGUCCUCCGAUCUCAAAGAGACCAAAUUGGCCUCUGUUGAGAUUCCCUCGAGGCUCUUUGUUCGAUACCACGCCAAAUGUGACUGGAUCGACGAGGACGGAGGAUGCGACGGCUCCGCAUUCGGAUGCCCGUCCAGCGGAGUGGCUGAUAUGGUCGCCUUUCAUGACCCUUGCCCACCCCAGCAAAAGGUGGCCGGCUGGUCUGAGGCGCGAUGGGAGGAGCACAGGAAGCACCAUCCGGAGUGGGAAGAGUGGCAGGCGGAGUAUCAAGAGAGUUACUGUCCUCGACAUCUGCCGAGAGUACAAGAGCGUACUAGAUUGGCGGGCUCCAGCAUCAGCACCGAAAAGGUCAGGGCGAACUGCGGGUUUACGUCUGGGGCGAGAGGUAGCAACACGUGUCAGCGUCAGGUCAUGACCGGCCCGACGCCCCCGGGCAAAUCUGGGGUGGUGAGGACCGUGGACGGUACGGCGGUAUGCUCAAGGAAGCAUGCCUUGCUGUUGGACAGGCGGAUGGAGCAAAGGCAGCAGCACCAAGCACGCAACCUGGAGAGACUCUUCGGGACCAGCUCGAUCGCGCAGCUUGAUCUUGGUGACGGGUUCAUGUUGAGGUGCAACAUGUUCGACGCCGUCGGGGAUACAGAGGGAGGCGAGACUCAGUCCCAAGCCACUCGAUACGAACUUGCUUGCGGGAGGCUGUCGUUGUUCCGUUGGUCGACUGACGAGCCCAGGGACCCGGCAUCCGAAUUCAAGGAGAUUCGACGCCGAUUUGACAACGGGGAGAUCUUGGACAAGUUGAGUGUCAGAAUGACUGGAAGGCUCAAUAAGGCGUUUGAGUCCAGCGACGAUAUGAUCGCUUCGAGUUCGGGCUGGACGCAUACCACUGAGCUUUAA